AUGAGCCAGCGCAGCGAGGACAAGCACCUUCUCGGGUGGGCGCGUAGCCUCUGGAAGACAGGCAAGGCACGCAAGACAGGCGGCGUGACGCAAGACGCGGCCGUCAACUCGAUGGCGCACCCGCUUCGCCGCUGCGAGCCGACGCCGACAUCUGCCGCGCGCCACGUGACGGUGCGCACGGCCACGCGGCGGCCACUGAGCAACCUCACGAGCACCAGCGACGACCGUGGCGCUGCGAACCGGAGCACGUGGCCAUGGGC